CCUACCUACCUACCUACCUACCUUACCUUGGGAACCGGCCUGGUCUGGUCCUCUCUGCAGCCGUGUCGUGUUCUGUGAAUUUGCCUCUCUUCUCUCUUCUCUCCUCUCCUUUUGUCCAACUCCUGCCUUGUGCACUAUCGCUCUCUGCUCUGCUCUGCGCCGGCGCUGUGUUCUCGCUGUCGACGACCAAUCGAAGGAUCGCGGAUUCGUGCUCCUUCGGAAUACUGGACAUGCAUACGGGUACAUCACGCCUCGGCCUUUCCGGUGUAUGACGAAUUACCUUGCCUACCUCCGGACGUUCCCCACGGCUGCGUACCUGUUGCAGGCCCCGACUUACUGAGAGCAAGACGGGCGAGGCUUCCGCGGCGUGUGUGCAAAGGGCAGGCAACAUAAACAAUCGAGCAAUCGCAGGCUGAAUUGGCCUAGACAGCCGGCAUCCAUCUAGCCGCCGGCAUGGACGAGGAGGUACAAGAUCUCGUCCUCGGCCCGUUCCGCGAUGUCGUCGACAAGGCCAAGACGGCCCUCGAGAUCGCAAAGGAGUCCGACGACCUACCCACGCAGAAGGCUGCCCAGACCCUCGUCAACAAUGGCGAGCGCGCCCUCAAAAAGAUCGAACCCGUGUGCAAGAGGCAGCUGGACGAGUACGGCCCAAACUUUGUCGACGCCCUCAAGGAGAAUGACGAGAUCUCGGGCGUCAGGGAGCAGCUGCAUAAUCUGGAAUGUGACCUUGACGACUCCAUCGACGCCGGUAGCUUCGAGCCCGAUUUCUUUUCCAAAGUCCAGGCUGUGUUGCGGACCGUGGCUUUCAAGACAGCCGAGGUCGUAGUGCGCAUGAAGCUCGAGCACCCCCAUGUGGAGCCCGAGUUGUCGGUUGUGUCUGGCAUGUCGAGAGCUCCGUCGGCAUCCGACACGACGCGGGCCCUGUCUCGGCAGCUUGCCGAGCAUGAGGCCCUCGGACAGCCCGACGCACCGCCGCCCGACGAGUCGGCCCAGCUGCGCAGCGUGAUGCAGUCGAGAGCCGGGCCCAUCCAGCCCUGGGAAGACGACCGGGCAACGACAACGACGGCGACAACAGUAACGCCAGUGGCAGAAGUCCAACGCUCGGCCGAAUCUGUUAGUCCUGAAGAGAUACCACCAGAACCCCCCGUUAACCCUUGGCAGCCCACUGAGCCGCUGCCGCUAAGACUUCCCGAAGUCAAGCCCGAGGUCGUGCCAGAGCGCCGACCACGGCUGGAAGGCGACUCGAACGUCGUGUCACCCAUGACGCCAAGUAGCGACGUUGCCAGCGGGCUGGCCACUCGCCCUCGCCGACUAGACCAGGGAGUCGAACAGAUGAUCCGCGAGGAGGAGGAGCGAUGGAAGCAGGGCGCAUCUACUCGCGACCUCGCAAAUCCAUGGGCGGGCGACACAGUAUCUCCAAUCAGCUCUGACCCACCGUCGGUUGGGUCAGGGAGGGCACCUCAGGCCGUGACGGAGUAUCAGCGGCUAUUGUCAUCGCAAGUAAACGCUACUCAAUUUACUCUGCCCUCCCAGAGAGACUCUCGCGCCAGCUCCCUACAAGACUCGAUCCAUCCCCCUUCGAUAUUUGACAACCGCGGUGGCACCAGGGACAGCUUGAUGACGACUAGCAGUCCCGUGUCGGACCCCAGGAACUCGUACCCGCCCAACCCGGACCAGAGCACCGCACCCUCGGUCAGUAGCCGGGACUCGUUCCACUCCCUUGGGGAACCGAGCCCUAACCCGCACGCACAGCCUUCUCCUUCGGGGGCCUCGUGGUCGAGCCUAAUGACACAGCCAGCGCCGCCUUACGAGCCUAGGUUACCCCCCGUCCCGCAAGAAAGCUCGAUAGUGGCCGAGCAGCCAGGCCUCAUCCCGGUCAUUACUGAGGAGGAGGUAUCGAGCCCAACCCGCCCCAGAGAUACGGACUGCACGAUCGGCCUCGACAGCUCGUUUUAUCAGCUCAAGGGCUUCUGCGAGGGCGCCAAGGAUGUGCUUCGGGGGAAUCCGGGCGUCAGGAAGAUCAAGCGGCCGAGCGGGAUCCACGGCACUGUGAUCGUGGCUAAGUGCGACAGCUGCAUGUUUGAGCAGGAUUGGAAUUCCGUGGACAGGGACCGGAGUCGGAAAGAGGAGGCAUUCCACACCCUUGCGGACGUCUCGUUCCGCCUGCGCUUCCUCUCCAAGAGCCACCUUCCGGUGCGGCGGAUCGACGAGCAACUGUACGGGUGCCUGUUCUGCGUGCACGCAGGGAGGACGAUGGAGGAAAGCGAUGCGACCGUGUUCCUCUCACAGAAGCAGCUGUUUGAUCACCUGGCACGGCACCCGCGGCCGCUGCCGGUGAUACCGGGGCUCGUGGUCAUCGGCGGCGCGUCCGAAGAGGUGGUCCAGGCCGUCCCCCUCGAGCACCGUGGCAACAACGACCUCCACUUUACGGCGCCGCCCGUGCGCUCCGUCAUGACGGGCAUCGCGCAGGAGGUCAGCAUGCUGCCCGCCGCCGUCGCCACGGCCGAGGUCCGCCCCAUGCACGGCUCGAUGCGUUCCGCUCCCGACCGCCAGCCCGUCCACCGCUUCAUGCCGGGCGCGCGCAUCGUCGGCAUCGAGUUCCCUACCCGCUACAAGGGCGAUUGGGGCGUUGGGUGGGCCGACAACAUCCGGGCGGCCUUCCCCAUAGAUUCGGUGCGCCUGCUGCGGCCCCCUGACCGCACCGAGGUCCGCGUCCAGUCGACCAGCAACUUCACGGCCGUCGCCCGGUGGAAGCGGGCGCCCAAGGACAAGGACGGCGGCGCGGCUUCUGCUCGGGAGGGGACCGUGAAGGAGUGGCUCAAGUUCGACAAGGGCGAGACCAUCACCAGCAUCGCCUUCCCGAGCAAAGACCACUGGUGCUGGUCCGGCUGCAACUCCAGGGGCAAGUGGGGGAUCUUCCCCAAGGAGUUCAUGGACCCGGACUCGCUGAGGGAGACGCCGGCCGCCGGCGACGACAGGGCCAGCAACUGGAGCCACGAGGAGAGGCGCGGCAACGUCUUCUCGCGCAUCACCACGUCGCGCCGCAGGAUGGCGGCCGCCGUCAUGGGCGGCGGAGGAGGAGGCAGCGUCGUGGGAGACCGGCCCACCAGCUCCGCCGAGUCGUACAGCAGCGGCGAUACGGCCAAACAGCGCUCGCCAAGGCCGUCGUUUUACUGAGUGCUCGCUCAGAAGAGACAGGGACAGGACAGGGGCAAGGAAGGGAGAUGUUUGUAUGUAUGUGUGGACGAUGAGAGCCGUCUUCUUUUGGAUUUAUGAUACAUUUUCGGUACAUAGUCGUUCUAUACCCCCUAUUUCAGUUACAAGGUUGAUACAGGCAGAUAAAUGAACGAGCUGUAGACUUGGGUUGGUAGUUCUCACUAACUGGCUGGCCAAUACGUACAAAAAAGCAGAUCUAAGGUCUUCAAGUGUCUUUAAGGGGCGAAUAGAAUUAGGUAUGUGUACGCAUGGGAAGGGGAAGGGGACAAAUAGAAUUUAACCUUGCCCUUACCCUAACCCUAGUAACUGUUCGAAUGGCGUCGGCCCAUCUUUGCGGGGAACUCCCGUCGUCCAUCUCCACCCACCACGCAGCACGCCUCCACAAUCCCCGCACAAGCUCGGCCGAU